AUGCCUGCUUGGCAGACCUUCUGGCGACCUUCUGGCCCGCCUGCCUGCCUGCACAAGGCCUGCUUGGCAGACCUUUUUGGCCCGCCCGCUGCCUGCACAGGGCCUGCUUGGCAGACCUUCUGGCCUGCCCACCUGCCCACACCAGGCCUGUGUGGCAUACCUUCUGGCCUGCCCACCUGCCCACACAGGCCUGUGUGGCAAUACCUUCUGGCACGCCCGCCUGCUAGCACUAGGCCUGCUUGGCAGACCUUCCGGCCCGCCCGCCUGCCCGCAGUACCAGGCCUGCUUGGCAGACCUUUCGGCCCGCGCCCUGCCCGCAGUACCCGCCUGCUUCGCAGUACCUUCCCGGGCCGCCCGGCCCUGCCGAGUUCGCAGCCUUCCCCGGCCCAGCCGCCCUGCCCCGGCCCUCCCGCAGUCCAGGCCGGCUUGGCUACCUUUCGCCCGCCCGCCUGCCCCGCAGUACCCCAGGCCUGCCUUGGCCUUGACCUUUCGGCCCGCCCGCCUCCCGCCCAGUACCGGGCCUGCCUUCGGCAUACCUUCCGGCCCGCCCUCCCCGGCCCGCCCCGUUACCAGGCCUGCUUGGCAGACCUUUCGGCCCCGCCCCCCGCCUUGCCCGCAGUACCGGGCCUGCUUCGGCAGACCCUUCCGGCCGGCCCGGGGGGGAGGCCCGGCCUUGGCCCAAGACCUUUGGCCCGGCCCUUGGUCCCAGGAACCUUGUUCGGCCCGCCCUCCUGCCCGCAGUACCAGGCCUGGCUUGGCAGACCUUUCGGCCCGCCCGCCUGGCCCGGCCAGUACCGGGCCCUGCUUCUUUUUUUUUUGGCAGACUUCCGGCCCGCCCGCUGCCCGCAGUACCAGGGCCGGCUGGUGACAGACCUUUCGGCCCGCCCUCCUGCCCGCAGUACCGGGCCUGCUUCGGCGACCUUUCCGGCCCGCCCGCCUGCCCGCAAGUACCAGGCGGCUUGGCCAGACCUUUCGGCCCCCCCUGUACGCCCGCCUGCCCGCAGUAGCCGGGCCUGCUUCGGCACAACUUCCGGCCGGCCCGCCUUGGCCGCAGUACCAGCCGGCUUGCAGACCUUUCGGCCCGGGGCCCGCCUGCCCGCCUGCCCGCCAGUGACCGGGCCUGCUUCGGCAGGACCUUUCCGGCCGCCCGCCACUGCCCGGCAGGCACCUUUCGGCCCGCCCGGCCUGCCCGCACAGUACCGGGCCUGCUUCGGCAGACCGUCCGGCCCGCCCAGCCUGCCCGGCAGUACCAGGCCGGGUCUCGGCAGACCUUUCGCCCAGCCCCGCCGCCUGCCCAGCUAA